AUGUUUAGCUUAAACCCACAACCCCAUUUGCUAAUUUUCCUUCUAGUUCUGGUACUGUUUUCACAUUCAUCAGUUCAAUCCCUGAGGUUUGAAGUGCAAUCUGGUGGAGCCAGAUGCAUCUCCGAAGACAUGAGGCCCAAUUCCAUGACAGUGGGAAACUAUAGCAUUGCCAAUCCCAAUGAGGGUCACCCCUUACCUGAAUCACACAAACUCAUUGUUCGGUUGGUUUCGCCUGGUGAGGAAUUGGGUCACUUUGGAGAUCAUGUUCAAUCAGGGCAAUUUGCAUUUGAGGCAGUGGAGACUGGUAACUACAUUAUAUGUUUUUGGGGUGCAGAUCACAAUCCCAAGGUAACUUUCUCUGUUGAUUUUGAAUGGAGGUCGGGUGUGCCAACCAAGGAUUGGAAUGUUGCUAAGAAAACCAACAUUGAUGCAAUGACAUCAAGUGUAAUGGAUUUGCAGAACACGGUCUCUUCCAUUCAUGAAGAGAUGUUUUAUCUUCGACUUCGACAAGAUGAAAAUCAAGAGUUCAACUGGGCAACCAACACCAGAAUGUUCUGGUUGAGUUUGCUCUCACUUUUUGUCUGCUUCUCAGUAGCAGGGUUGCAACUAUGGCACUUGAAGACCUUUUUUGAGAAAAAGAAAAUCAUAUAAUUUUUUUUUGUCAUACACUAUGGGGGCCUCUAAAUUAUCUAGGAAGACUAGGAUUAUUCCUUUUUAUUAUUGGAAAAAUGGUUUCCAUAGCAAAUAAAUUUUAAGGAUUGUUAAUGUUCUCUUAA